GUUUGCUGUGACUUGUACUUAAGCACUUCGAGCCUUGAGGCGUCCACGAGGAAAUCGACUCUCAAAAUUCGCGUUCACGCCUCCUUCUGCUGUCCUCGAUCUCUUGUUUCUCUUCUAUUUCUUGUGUCUGGAGAGCCUUCAUCGAUACGGCAGGCAUUGACUGCCAACCCAUGUAUCCAAGGGAUGUUCCCAUUGCUACCCAGGCGCCCCAAACGUCACCACUCACCCCAACUCACGACCAGAUAGUCGUUUUAUAUGUUACCGUUGUUUACGCCGUGGUUAUAUUCGGAAUCUGGAAUAUACCAGUCGCACGGACGCUAAUUAACCCGCUUAAACUCUUUACCAUUGGGUGGCAUGAGUUUUGCCACAUCGUAGCGGCCGUCCUGACUGGAGGCACCAUAUCAUCGGUAACGAUCGAUCCAAAUUUAGGUGGCGCGACCAUUGUCGAGGGCGGCCAUCCACCAAUCAUACUCGCAGCAGGGUAUGUAGGAUCAAGUGUCUUCGGUGGCGCCUUCAUACUGGCAGGCUUCGAUUCUCUUGUCGCCAAAAUUCUGAGCUUUGUCCUUGGCCUGGGGCUUAUUACUCCGUUGGUUCUUGUGCGAGACAAGCUGACUAUCCUGCUUACAUUGUUUUACGAGGGUCUACUUGUUGGCUUCUGGUUUAUCGGACAUGCGCAAGCCCUUCGAUGGUACUGCUUAUUCGUCGGCGUUAUGAACACGUUCUACGUUAUUUGGGAUUUGACAGAUGACAAGUUCUUUCGAAAAGCGAACGAUUCUGACUGCACGCAGUUCAAUCUUAUGUUUCCACGAAUAUCUGCGCAUGUGUGGGCUUGUUUCUGGAUAAUGUUCCAGACAGGAGUAUGCAUAUCGUUUCUAUUCAUUGGAAUAGUUUCGUUCAAGGUACGUUAUGACCCUUUCGUGGGUCGCAAAACCUACAGUGUGCAUCUAGCUAUCGACAGAAGAAAUGAACACGCAAGCAAGUGAGUAGCUCAACACAGCCCUGUUACAAUUGUAGCACUGACUGCGGUGCAGCUGUUUUCUUACCGACAUGACAAUAGCACAGCUCCACGAGUACGAAAAUAAUCACACUUGCACUCACAUAGAAUUCACGGGUUUUGUCGUUCACAUACGGACUUGUACGAUCGGAGAGUGGUUCAAUUACAUGUAUCUUUGCUGCAACAUUUACCCCGCCCAGUAUCUAUACCACAUGACAAUGCGGAUUCAUACCAUCAGUGACAAUGAUUGUCCAUAUUUCUGGAUGCAUUAUUCUCGUCUUUGUAGAACACUCGCUAACUUAAUAUAAUUAUAGCUCUCGCACA